GUGUCUGGUUAUGGAAAGUGUGAUCACCGCUCCUAAAUCACGUGGUCUAGCAAAAACGGCGGAUCUUCAUCGCUUUCAUAAUUCCGCCACUUCACUGCUCAGCCAUCUGGGAAAUAAACAGCGGACGUUUUUGCGAGCACACACCCUUUCAUUCACACAGUAAGAAGGAUUAAGACGACAUGGAGGCCGACAAGAAAAUGUUGACAGUCACUAUUCUUCUCAUCGGAGCACUCAUUUCCACCGUGACGUCAGUGGUUGUCACGGUGAACCAGGAACAAUCGGCUCAACCAGGUGACGGAUCUGUUGCACUUUACUGCGCACUCUCAGAUAUCCCAGAUGGUGCCAUCACGACGACAGUGGAGUGGCAAAAAUCAAGAGAAGACGGUUCAAAAAUGUUCCUAGCAAGAUCUGUCAAUCCUGGCCAAAUGACCUCAAUUGACCCACGGUACGCAAUUGUGAACGAGGGCUCUUUGAGCAUUUCCGAUGUAAACGUUAACGACACUGGAACAUACUGGUGCCAAGGGCGCGUCACAGUGACCAUGUCAGACGCACAAGAAGAUACCAAAAGCACCAUGCUCCACGUUGCUGGGCCAACCACGCCAGAAGCCCCGCCAAAGACUACUAAAGCGGCAGAAAAGACAGACUCGCCCGACACUGAUGGCGCCACCACGCGACAAUACCGGAUUUCACUGAUUUCCUUCUGCUUUGUAUUGAUAUCAUUUUUGUAUUGAGGAAUAUGUUAGCACAUUUAAUAUAGUAUGCCAUCCGAAAAACAGAAUAAUAGUGAUCUUGUGAUUUUGUUAUCUUAAACAAUUAAAGUGCCCCAUUUGUCUUACUCGAUAUGGGUCCCAUGCAAC